AUGAAUUCUUCUUUAGGCAUACCUGUCUCGCCAUUUUUUAAAUUUCCAUCGAUAAUGAUCAAACACAAAGCUAUUGAAGGUGGUAUGGGAAUCCAUAUUUAUCGAAAUUUUGCUAUUGAGGAAAAUCCGGGUGAUUGGAUUCUGCAAGAAGUAUUUGAAAACUCAGCAUUUGUUAAACAACUUAUACCCGAAAAUGCUCCAUUGUCAACAAUUCGUGUAAUAACAGCAUCAUCUGCGGAUAAAACGAAUUCAAUUAAAGCUUUAACUGCCGUAUUUCGAGCAGGACGUCCGAAUGAAUCAACAGAUCAUAAUGCAAUAUUUUUCAAUAUUGAUAUGAAAAGUGGACUUUUAUCGUCAGGUACGACAACCAAACAUUGGAAUAAAUUAGGGCUGUUGAAUUUUUGUCACAUUGAUAAAACAAUGUGGAACGUAUAUCGGACUCAUCCAGAUAGUGGAGUUCAGAUUGAAGGAGUAAAAUGGCCGAAUCUCAGUGAACUAAUCAAAAUUGUUUGUGAUGCACAUGAAAAAAUGUGUGCAGAUGUGCCUCUAAUUGGGUGGGAUGUGGCUCUCACUUCAAAAGGUAUUAUGCUAUUAGAACUGAAUAUAUCAUGUAAUUUUUUCAAUGGAAAACUUGAUAGAAGGCACUAUACCAAUUUUUGUUACGAUUGGUUUCGUGUGCUAGAUUCAUCAUAA